UCAGGGUUCUUCAGCAUGUUGAAGCAUUCGCUGAUGCAUAGGGAUGAUCUAUAUAUUUUGUCUGAUCGGCAUGAGGGAAUUAUUAGUUCCGUGCGUUCUGUAUUUCCCCAUGCGCAGCAUGGUUACUGUGUUUACCAUAUAUUGGCUAAUUUGAAAACAAGAUUUCGUGGCACGCAAAAAACUGUGUCAUGGAAGUUUUUGCAGGCUGAUCGUGUUGGAUCUGUGUACGAGUGUGAAGAGUACCUUCAAAUGCUUGACAGUGAGGAUCCACGCAUUCGUACGUAUUUAGAGUGGAUGGGCCAUGACAAAUGGUCUCGUGCUUAUGCUAGUUGAAAUUGGUACUCGGUUAUGAUGUCAAACAACGCGGAGUCAUUAAAUGCAGUUAAUGCCACUCCCCGAGAAUACCCAGUAUGUAAGUUGAUAGAGUUUAUUGUUGCACGAAUGCAAAAAUGGUUUUGUGAACAGCGAGACUCUUCAGCUUCAAACAAUUGUCGUUUAUCUGCACACUUUGAAUCUGAACUAGUUGUUUUACAAGCUAUGGCGGCCGUCAUGACAGUCAAACCGUCAUGUGCUUUUGAGUUUGAGGGUUUGAUAAGAGAUCCCGCUCUUAUGUUGUCAACUUGAAGGAGCGCACGUGAAAAUGUCUUGAAUUUCAGCUUGAUGGGUUCUUAUGUGUACACUCCGUUGCACCUAUUCGCUCCCGCCCAGUACUUUCUUGCUAUGAUUACAUUAUAGAAUUCUAUACAGCACAUCAUUGGGCACAAACAUACCGCGGUAUUAUUCAUCCUAUUGGGAGUCCAAAUGGUUGGAUGGUACCUUCACAUGUUAAAAAAAUCACUUGCAUCCCCCCAUCAUGUGAAUCGCGACCUCCUGGAAGGCCGAAGAAAAGAAGAAUUCCUUCUACAGGUGAACAUGUUCGGAGUCAAAAAUGCACUCGUUGCCUCAUGGUUGGACACAAUAGAAAGACGUGUAGACUUCCUAUUCCGCUACACAUGCGUUAAAAAAUGUUUUUAUUUGUUGUUAUCAUUCGAGCAUUUUUGCGAAUGCAAUCACAUACACUUGUUUUGAUUUCUGAACAUUUCC